AUGACUCCGACAAGCUUGGCGAGUCUUUCCGUCACCAAAGCUGCCAGCUCACUCGGCAGUCUGGCGGCGCGGCUGCUGCCGAUGCUACUGUUGCUCCCGGCACGCGCAGCGUCAGAGGGCGGUCUCUCCGACUACGUGCAGCACCACCAGAUGCUCCACUACACUCCGCUGUCCGCCGGUCGCGGCCGGCGCUCGACGGCCCCGCCGCUGCAGCUCCAGCUGCCAACUGGGGACCGCGUGCUCACCCUCCGCCUGGUACCAGAUACGUCCACCCUGGCGCCGGACAUCGUCUACUCUGGCCCGUCAGGCUCCACGGUCGGCACCGACUCUCUGACGCCGCUCUUCACCGGCUGGGUGCUCGGCGAGCCCGGCUCGGCGCUCUUCGGCGGCCUCGUGGAUGGCGUGUUCGACGGCACGAUCGAGCUGGCCAACGAGACGCUGGUGGUCGAGCGGACGUCGCUGCACAUGCACGGUGGCCCGCACGGUCACUCGUUCGUGUACCGAGCGUCGGAUAUGCUCCUACCGCCCGCGCGUGAGGGCGACCGGCCUUGCGGCGUCAGAGAUGGGCACGAUCCGCUGGUGUGGGACAGCGACAAGCACAAGGCGACGACAGUACCCAGUGAAGAAGAUAGACAACCGCGGCAGGAAACCGUGACGCUCGCUUCCGUGAUGAAACACUGGCGGAGCAGCACCGGUCGCGGUCGCCUGAAAAGACGCAUCGACGAUCACGAUGGCGACCACGGCAGUGGCCAUAAUGAAGACGCCGAGCCCGACGAGGUGUACAACAAACAUCACGACGGGGCGCACUCGCGCACACUCUGCUCCGUGUACGUUGAAACGGACCCCAAGCUCUGGCAAGAGAUAUUCCGCAAUGAGCGCGGUAGUUUACGCCGCACAGAGACGUUUCUUCAGUGGCUGGCCGGGUCGCACGUUCAGGGCGUCAACCGGAUUUUCAAACAAGCGAUAUUCGACGGCCGGCACCACCACCACGAGUACCAAUUUCAGAUCCAGAAGCUGGUAGUCAGCGACGACCACACGUGUCUACCCAACUACUCGGGCGUGCGCAACCGGCUCUGUUUCGACCACACCAACUCGCAGACCUACCUAGAGGCGCAUUCCGACACCAACUUUGACUCCUUUUGCUUGGCGUUCGCCAUCAGCUACCACGACUUUGAGCAGGGCACGAUUGGUCUGGCGUGGAUUGGCGCGCCGUGGGAGGGUGCUGGCCGCGGCGUGUGCGCGCGACACGCCGCGCAGGCCUUCUACAACUGGGAGACGGGUGUGAUAGAGCGCAAGUGGCGCUCUCUGAACACGGCCAUGAUAACGCUGCUGAACUUUGGGCGGCCGGUGCACCCCCUGCAGUCGCAGCUGACUCUGGCCCACGAGAUCGGCCACACGAUGGGCUCGCCGCACGACCAGGGCGCGCUCGGCAGUCAGUGCCUGCCGAACGACGCAAAAGGCAACUUCAUCAUGUUCUACCUCUCGCAGGAUGGCCAUCUGCCGCGUCACCUGCAGUUCUCCAACUGCAGCGUCGGCAACAUAUCCCGCGUUCUCGACUACAUCACGGACGGACUCUACUUCAACUGCUUCGCGGUGAAAGGCUCGGCGUUCUGCGGUAACGGCGUCGUGGAGACGGGCGAGCAGUGUGACUGCGGGUUCACGGCGCACGACUGUCGCGACCGGUGCUGCUGGCCUCGUCACCCGCCGGCCGCCGCCGGGUCGCCCAAGAAGGCCCGCUGCCAGUACCAGCCGGGCGCCGUCUGCAGUCCCAGCCAGGGGCCGUGCUGCGACCCGGUGGCGUGUGCCACCGUGCCGGCGGAGGCCAACCACACGUGCCGCGCGGGCACCGAGUGCACGCUGCCGGCCCUCUGUGACGGCCGCUCGCUGCAGUGUCCGCCGUCGACGAAUAUGGCCGAGCUGACGCCGUGCGGCGCCGGCUCGCGGGUGUGCGUCAAGGGCCGCUGCACGGGCUCCUCGUGCCUGCGCGACGGGCUGCUGCCCUGCCAGCUGACUGAGGCAGACGUCGGCGGCGACCGCAGCCAGCUCUGCGUGGUCGGCUGCCACGCGCACAGCGGCGCUCCGUGCCGACCGCGCAACCCCUGGCUCCUGGAGGCCGGCGACCCGUGCGACGGCGACCGGGGCGCGUGCGACUCGCUGCUGCGGUGCCGUCCGCUGGAGGCGGCGGCCACCAGCGCCGGCCGCUGGUGGCUGGCCACCGUGGUGGCUCUGCUGCUGGCUGUCGUCUGCGCGCUGCUGCUGCGCUGCGUGGCGCUCCACAUCCCCUCCAGCAACCCCAACAAGCCGCCGCCGCGACCCAUGAGCGAAACGCUGCGCGUGCCGCUGGCCACCUUCUUCGGACUGAGCGGGGGCGGCGACCUCCAGCUGUGA